AUGGCAGAUAAAAUACCCAAGACGAUAGCCCUCGGGUUGACGAAAAAGGCCGCUGAUGGACGGAUUAUAUCUAUCAACCAUCCUAAUCCCACGGGAAAGGUUCUCAAUAAGAAACAAUACCGGUCCUUAAAGAAUGAUCGUGUCAUGCUUCUUCCACAAAACUACCAAGCACGCGACUCUAACGCUCAAAAUGGUGAAUGGCAAUGCCCGGUGGACGGAUGUGAUACGGUCUUCACGCGGAAGGCCGGGCUGUUGAUGCAUAUGGAAAGGCCAACUGGCCACAAAGAUGACUUGCUGCGGGACACUGGGAGCGGAACAUUUGAAAAGAUUCAUCCAGCUCUCAUUGAUAAUGGGGCCGCAGACUUCAUCAACAACCAGGCGGACGACUUCAUCAACAACAAGGCAGACGACUCCAUCAACAACAUGGCCGAAAGGGUUAACGGUAUCGAUGGAGAAGACUUCCGCGAGGACAAACAGAUCGAGGCCCCAGCCUCCGACGGAGGAGAGUCACCUCAGCGUCAGACUGCUGACAUCCAGUUUGAGUACUGGAUGAUAAGAGAAAAGGAUUAUGACAAUGAAUUUAUUGAAGACUUUGAGUGGGUGAUGUCGAUCCACGAAGGAAGGUUUGAUAACCUAUACGGUGACGUGCACAGGAAAUGA